AAGACUUGGAGCCAGCCAUUGCCGAUCAGUUCAUUUUCAGUUGCAGAAAUGAAUCUUUCACAUUCUGACCGUGAGAUGUAUGGUGCAGAUGGGCAUGUGGGUCAUGCCACAGCUCCUGGAUUCCCAAAUCCUAGUCCAGCCCCACCUUAUGCUACCCCAUAUGUAGUGCAGUAUCCCGAUGGCACCAUCCUCUGGUCUACUGGUCUUUGCCAUUGCACAGAUGAUCCUGCAAAUUGCUUGAUCACUUGCUGUUGCCCUUGCAUCACAUUUGGGCAGAUUGCUGAGAUAGUGAGUAAAGGAUCCUCAAAUUGUGCGGUGAGUGGUACGCUGUAUGCGCUACUCUGUUUUACUGGUUUGUCGUGCUUGUAUUCUUGUGCUUACCGUUCGAGGUUGAGGGCUGAGUAUGACUUGGAGGAGUCACCUUGUGCUGAUUGCCUGGUCCACUUCUGCUGUGAGGGAUGCUCACUGUGCCAGGAGUACAGAGAGCUCAAGAACCGUGGAUUGGACAUGGGGAUAGGUUGGGAAGCUAAUGUUGACAGACAAAGGCGGGGACUUACACUACCUCCGGUGGUGGUUCAAGGCAUGACAAAAUGAAAUCAAAGCCUGAGGGGGAUUGCACUUGGUGACUUGGUGUGGAUAUGUUGUGCCAUGGCGCAGCCCUAUCACCUAUGUGUGCUACUGCAACUUGUGUUUCCAUCUUCAAUUAUGUGGAAAUAAUAAUAUCAUAUAUAUAUAUAUGAUAGAGAUCAAAAUAGUUUAAGGUAGCCAAUAAAAGAUUUUCCUUGAA